CUUUCUCAUUGUUGCAGUUGUCUGUCAUGCUGUGGCCCCAAGGCUUUGUCCCUGGGGUGAACCUGGUGUCACUACUGGGCUGGAGGGGAAGGAUCGGCCUCAUUGCGAUGUGUCAGAGAGGGACUGGCAUGUCUAUUUAAGAAGAGGAGCCUUGCAGUAAGUGCUCAGGAGGCUUCGGCUCAUUCAGCUGCCUUUGUGAACGCCAUCGCUGUGUACAACAUUCCUGGAACAUUCAAGAAAGUUUAGGAUUAAGCAUCCAGCAUCCAGCGUAUUGCGUGUAGUCCACUUCAAAUUCAUCAUGUAUCCUGCUUCAAAUUUAACAGCAUUUUUUAUUUUAAGUAUUUUUCUGCUUGCUGGCAUGAUAGAAACAACAGCAGGUCAGACAAGUUACACCCAAGAAGAUAUGGAUUUAAUCUGCAUGGAAACCACUAUGCACAUUGUGCUGAAACAAUCUGUGCUGAAAGCACAUCAGCUGAGGAUUGGCAAUUCCAACUGUACCCUGUUCUCAAACGGGACUCACCUGUUAGCCAACAUUUCCCUCGAUGGCUGCGGCACUGAAAUGGCGGAUGAUGGACAAUAUCUCAUCUUUUCCAAUGAUGUUGUGUCCUAUAAUGAUACCAGUGCUGUCGUAGUCAGGGAUCCUUUGGUGGAUAUUGGAUUUUCUUGCAAGUAUCCCAAACGGAGUAACGUGACUAUUGAAUUCAAUGGUCACAGGCCACCAGGCAAUUUCACGCAGAGAGGCUUUGGUAAGUUCACAUUGCAGUUUGAAUUCUUCAAGUCAGAGGCAUACAGUCAAGCAGAGGACCCAAACUCCUACCCUCUGGAGUUCGACCUGGGAGAGAUGAUGUACAUGCAGAUCGAGGCCAUCUCUUCUAUUCCCAACACCCAUUUGAUUGCACUCGAUUGCACCGCUGCUCCUACUGAUGUCCCUACCGAUCAACGCAAAUAUCAGAUUCUUCAAAACGGAUGUGAAGUGGAUGAGACUGUGGAGAUCUAUACCAAUGGCGAUGACUCAAAGGUCCAGUUUGCAAUGAAGGCUUUCAAGUUCAUUGGCCUCCAAGACCAGGUGUUCAUCACCUGCUCCACCAUCCUCUGUAAGGCUGGCAUAGUGGGCAGCACCUGUUCUCAGGAAUGUCCUUCAUCACGUCUCAAGAGGGAAGCUCCCAGCCUGACUGAUGAUGAUUUUCUCCCCACUGAGGAGCAUGAGAGCGAGCAUUCUCUCCUGCCUGUUGGCCAGGUUACCCACUUCACUGAGCUCGAAAGGAGCAAGAGGGACGCCCCCCUCGAGACCUCACGUCACUUCAUCUCCCAGGGUCCCGUGCGUAUUAGGCCCCAGCGAAAUGUGCCCGAUCAAGAGGCCCAAAACUUGAAGCCAAACCUAGAGAUGGUCAUUGGAGCUUUCCUGGUAGCUGUUGCCAUGGUUUGUGGAGUGGUGAUCUACAGAACCAGGAUGUCAAAGGCUACAUAUCAAAGGAUGGUUUAAAAAGGUUGAAUUAUGUUUUUGUUUAUAAAUUGCUACCAUAAAUGGGAGAAACAAAACAGUUGUUACAUGGGACUUUUAACUGGUUGAUUUGCAAGGUAUGCAAGUUUAAGUCAUGACUAAGGUGCCCUCUAAUUCUCAGUGGCUUUGCUUUAACCCUCUGUUGUUUGUGUUAUCUGAACUGUAAGUCUCUCUGUCUCUCUGUAAGUCUGUCUUACAAAUAGAAGAAUGUAUUUAUCUGCCAAAAUUAGCCUCAAUAUUAUGGCCUUAAUGUUAAAUGAAUGAUUCUUAAUUGAGUUGGAUUUUUAACAAACAUAGCAUUAUGUUAACACUAGUCAAGGUGUUGGAUAUUUAUCAUUAUAUAUCAGGUCAUCUAUUAUUUUUAUUAUUAUUAGGGCCCGAGCACCGACGGUGCGUGAGGCCGGGAUGGCCUUGUGCACCGAGAGGUGCGAAGCCCUAUUGUUUUUGGCGGGAUUAUUAUUAUUAUUAUUAUUAUUAUUAUUUGUUCACCUUUUUGCUAUUUUUGUGGUGGUUACCAUGGUUGAAAAGUCUUGGAAUUUGGCACACACAUCUGGUAUGACAAUGGCUACACAGGCAUGAAGGCUUGGCCCCGGCCGUGGCCCAGGCACUCAGUAGCGCCCCCUUAGGUGAUUGAUCCAGUGGUUGGCACAUACUUUCAGCUAGACACACCAAAUUUGGUAGGUGUGUGUAUAUCCCCAAGAUGAACAACUUUCGUAUGUACAAUGCAUUAGCCACGCCCAACAGGAAAUGUGGCACACACAUCAAGCGGUACCAUGAAUACAGAGGGGAAAAGCCUUGGCACUGGGCGUGGCCCAGGAACUUCAUAGCGCCCCCUUAUGUCACUGUAACUUGUGGUUGGCUUAACGUGUUAGAUACACACACCAAAUUUCAUCCCAAAAACAAUCAACUUUUGUAUUAACAUGCCAUUAGCCACGCCCACAGGA